AUGGUGGAAGCAAGUUUUUAUACGCGAGACAGCUCAAAGUCUAAAGGCACCACAAGUUUAAGAUGCAAUAAAGCAGGCAAGUGCACUAAGCAGACCGAAACCGGCGCCACACACACGCAGAGGGACGUUCUGCACUGCUCCUGUUUCCUUAACGUUAAGGUAGAGGAGAACGGUGCUGUAAGCGUCAAGGGCUGCUUGGGCCAUGUCGGCCAUACAAUCGAGUCUGCCCUCCUACGCCUAACUGCGGCUCAGCAACUUUUCCUGAAAGGACUUUUAGAAGUCAUCAUUACACCCCAACAAGUGGAAUGGCUGCAGAAAUUCUCUCAUAGAGGAAUUUCGGUUGAUGACACCCACAACGCCACGCGUUACAAUCUCAAGCUGGCAACAGUGAUGGUGCUGAAUGAAAGAGAUGCCGGCGUUCCAGCAGCAUUCCUACUGAGCGGAACGAUGACCUCGAUAGAUGUGGAAAAACUUUUCCUCGAGAUCCGGAACUUAGUCCCCGAUUUCAACCCCCUUCAAAUUGUGACCGACGAAGCACCGUCUUUCUACAACGGCUUUCGUUCGGUUUUCCCGAAUUCGCGUGCCCAGUUGCAUUACUGCAGAUGGCACAUCGACAGAACGUGGCAAAGAAACGCGAACAAAUUUGUUGAACCUCGGCUACGCGGCCAAGUGAAGAGGAGAUUAAAAGAUCUUCUAGUAAUACAGGACUUACACACUUUUGAACAACGUUUCGCGGAGGUCCUCGCUUUCCUUCAA